AUGGAUCUGGGGACAGAGAAUCGUCUUGCUUCUUUGCUAAUUGAAGAGGCGCGGAGAUUGCAGUUAGAGGCUGAUAAGGAAGGUGUUCAUGCAUAUCUUCGAAAACCUAAUGUUAGGCAUCGUCCAAACUCACGGUUCCUCACAGCCACAGUUCACGGAGUUCAGCAAGCAAACCGUGUUGUAGAGGUCAAUGAAAUGUGGCGUGCCAGGGAAAAGGAACUGGAGUUGGAGUCAAAGAUGAAAAGCAGAAGUAGCAGAAGUAACGACCUUGAUGAUUUUAGAGGCGAGAAGCGCAAAAGUGAAUUGAGAAACCAUAGCUCCAGCUCAAGGGUUGAACAAGAAGGGACCACUUAUAAUAAAUCUUACUCAGACCAGGAGGAUGGUCUCAGGGAUGAUGAGAUUGAAAGAUUUCUUCAUUCAAGGGUGAAGCGAGGACGUGGGGCCAUUGGUUCUAGGAUGGACGAGCCUGGUCCAUAUCUUGAUUCUUUGCCCCGUCAUCAGGACAACGUACCUAGUCCUGACAUACGUGUGGAAGAAAAAUGGGAACGCCGAGUACAAGGCCCAGAGAAGGAUUCAUUUUUGAGAUCCAAGUCUCCUGAUGGUCAUUGGCAUAAGGAUACUUUGGAUGGAAGGGCAUCAAGCUCUGAACCACUGAGUAAAAAGGAAAAGAAAAAGAAGUCGGAGAAAAAAGAUAAGAGAGAGAAAAAGAAGGAAAAGGACAAGAAGAAAUACAAACAUCGCCAUCACCACGAUCACAAAAGCCGAAGACGAGAGUGA